CUGUCUUUCACACUUUAAACUAAAAACUGUGUUUUCCAUUUUCUUGGUUUGCUCAAAAUCCCAGUUUUUGCCACAUAAAAAAAAAAAAAAACCCCCAAACUAAAAAGACAUAGAAGAAGAAAAAAAGGAAAACCCGAAGACCAAAAUUCCUUCCGUCUCUCUUCUGAUUAACCAUAACUGAUCUUCUGCGCUUUGUAUCUGGAUUGGAUUGGAUUGGAUGCGAUGCUUAUUCCUUCUUAAAAGCUUCUAGCCGUUGUUUAAGCAUCUACAGGGAUCUCUAACUUUUUAAAGAAAAUAAAAAGUGAUGGCUAGUAUAAAUGCAUCAACAUCUUUGGUACCCUCUGAUAUAUCGGAGCAGAGAGUAAUAAAUUCUGCAGAAACAAACACGCAGACAUUUCAACCUCCCCCAAACCAGCAAAAUCGUAAUUCUUUAGAUGGUCCUGUGGCUAUCCUCUGGGACAUUGAGAACUGCCCUGUACCCAGUGAUGUCCGCCCUGAAGAUGUUGCUGGCAAUAUUAGAAUGGCUUUACGGGUACAUCCUGUAAUUAAAGGUGCAGUUAUGAUGUUUUCUGCAUAUGGGGAUUUUAAUUCCUUCCCUAGGCGAGUCAGAGAGGGCUGCCAAAGAACCGGUGUUAAACUCAUCGAUGUCCCUAAUGGUAGAAAAGAUGCUGCUGACAAGGCUAUUUUAGUUGACAUGUUCCUCUUUGCCCUCGACCACCCACCACCUUCUUCCAUCAUGCUUAUAUCUGGAGAUGUUGAUUUUGCUCCAGCUCUCCACAUUCUUGGACAACGUGGAUAUACUGUGAUCCUGGUUAUCCCUUCUGGGGUAGGUGUCUCAUCUGCUUUGUGCAAUGCUGGUAAGUUCGUUUGGGAUUGGCCUAGUGUGGCUCGUGGGGAAGGCUUUGUACCCCCCUCAAAGGGUUUGAGGCCUCCAUAUGCAGGACCACCUGACAUUGCUGGGUAUCUCAUGGGGUGCCAUAUAAAUGACAAUUUUGAUGGCCAAAAUGAAGAGGAGGCAAUUGUAUAUAGAGGACUCUCACAAAGCUAUUACAACUCAAGAGAUUUUUCAGUAGUGUCACAGUCUUUGUCCGAAUACAACUGUAGUUCAUCAAUAGCCAUGCCUUGUUUCCCUACAAGUAUGAGAUCACAGAGUCUGCCAUCUGGUUUGAAUGAGGUAUCAACUGGUCCUGUUUUCUAUGAUGACCAAUAUCAUUCAACUAUGUGGGUACAGCCUGGUGACAUAAACGGUCUGAAGGUGCAGCUAGUUAAAUUGCUCGAACUAUCAGGAGGAUGUUUGCCACUUACCCGUGUUCCUGCCGAGUAUCAGAAGCUCUAUGGACGGCCUCUUUAUGUUUCAGAGUAUGGGGCAUUCAAGCUAGUAAAUCUUUUCAAGAAAAUGAAUGAUGCAUUGGCAAUAGAUGGCAAGGGCCAAAAGAAGUUUGUCUACCUUCGAAAUUGGAAAGCAAGCCCUAGUGCACCUCCUUUAGUUCUAGCGAGGAAAGAUGGGAAAGGAAAAGGGACUCAAGAGGAGAAUUUGGGUAUUAUGACGGGAUGCGGCUCUUCAGAUGAGUUCUCAGAUGAGGAAAGGGUGGUAGUUGAAGAACUCGAGGAGAGGACAAACAACGGUAAGAUUAGUACUGGUACAACAGCCAGAUGUGAGGAUUUUGACCAAAAUCUUGAGCAAUUCAAACAUGAGUUACAGGAAAUUCUAGUCAGUUAUUCUUGUCGGAUUUUCUUGGGUUGUUUUGAGGAGAUAUAUCAGCAACGAUACAAGAAACCACUGGACUGUCAAAGGUUUGGUGUGGAUGAGCUGGAAGAGCUUUUUAAUAAGGCGAGUGAUGUUGUUGUCUUACAUGAAGAACCAGUAAGCAAGAGAAAGUUCCUGGCUGCAGUUGGUGGUUAGAGUUGGAAACAGUAAGGAGCAAUCUAUCUUGGAAUGUUUUUUACAUGCAUAUUCAAGACUCUCUCAUACAUCUUUCUUCAUAAUUCCUUCCCCUUUGUUUUAUAAGUGGUAGGAGAGGCUGGAUCACAUUUGUUGUUUUAUAAAAUAUGUGUCCUGCAUGGAUUUGAAUGUUAAUUUUGAAAUUCCCAUGUAUGCCUCUGUGCCUCGUCAUUGUAACUAAUCAAACCUACUAAUGUUUAACGUCUAGCACUGCUGCUUUCUAGCCUUGAUGGUUCAAGUUUCAUUCCAUCUUUGUACUCUGCAAUCUUGCCAGUUUGAGUGAUUAUACUGAAUUAUUAAUCUUGUAUAGGAUUAUUAAAACUUGGAUUAUUUGUUAAUACUUUUGUUUGUUGGGAGUUA